AUGGCGACCGCCGGUCCAACUGAUUCGGGCUCGAGUACUCCUCCUGGGUCUACUGGCGCUCGUAAAGCAGCCUCAACUGAGGCACCUGGUUUGUCCCAGACUAUGAAGAAGACUAUUGGUCACCGGGGGGUGGACCCCACGGGAGAGACCACCUACAAAAAGACGACCUCGUCCGCGUUGAAAGGGGCGAUCCAGUUGGGUAUAACGCACACGGUGGGCAGCCUGAGUCAGAAAGCAGAGAGAGACGUUCUCAUGCAGGACUUUGUGGUGGUGGAGAGCAUCUUCUUCCCCAGUGAGGGGAGUAAUCUGACCCCUGCCCAUCACUACAGUGAUUUUCGGUUCAAGACCUAUGCCCCCAUCGCCUUCAGAUACUUCAGAGAACUCUUCGGUAUCCGGCCCGACGACUACCUGUAUUCCCUGUGUAACGAGCCGCUGAUCGAGCUGUCUAACCCAGGGGCCAGCGGAUCUAUCUUCUACGUGUCCAGUGAUGAUGAAUUCAUCAUUAAAACAGUUCAGCACAAAGAGGCCGAGUUUCUCCAGAAACUUCUGCCCGGCUAUUUCAUGAACCUGAACCAGAACAAGCGGACCCUGCUGCCGAAGUUCUACGGGCUGUACUGCGUGCAGGCGGGGGGGAAGAACAUCCGCAUCGUGGUGAUGAACAACCUGCUGCCGCGCUCCGUCCCCAUGCACCUGAAAUACGACCUGAAAGGCUCCACCUACAAGCGGCGGGCCUCGGCCAAGGAGAGGGAGAAAGACGUGCCCACCUACAAGGACCUGGACUUCAUGCAGGACCUGCCCGACGGGGUCCUCCUGGAGGCCGACAACUACAACGCCCUCAGCAAGACCAUCCAGAGAGACUGCCUGCUCUUACAGAGUUUUAAGAUCAUGGACUACAGCCUGUUAAUGGGGAUCCAUAACGUGGAGCAGGCGUGUCGUGAGCGGGCGGGGGAGACGGGCGUGUCGGAGGGGGCGGUCACGCCCGACCAGAGGAGGCCGCAGGCCCAGAAGUCCCUCUACUGCACUGCCAUGGAGUCCAUCCAGGGAGAGGCCAAAGGCAAAGGAGCCCUGGACAGCGAAGACCAAAUGGGAGGAAUCCCAGCACGGAACACCAGAGGAGAGAGACUCCUACUCUACAUCGGUAUUAUUGACAUCCUGCAGUCGUACAGAUUUGUAAAGAAGUUGGAACAUUCCUGGAAAGCAUUAGUUCACGAUGGGGACACUGUCUCAGUACACAGACCUGGUUUCUACGCAGAGCGGUUUCAGCGUUUUAUGUGUAACACAGUCUUUAGAAAGAUCCCACUGAAGCCCUCGCCUUCGAAGAAGAGUCGGGGGGGCUGCCAGAGCGUGGUCCGGCGCCUCCCCAUGGGAACGGCCGCGCCCACCUCCCUGUCCAACACGACGGCACACACCUUAGUUGAUGGCAGACUCGUGUAUCGGCCUCACUUCAUCCAGCAGGAGUCAGAGGGAGACAGCGGCAUGCAGUCGGGCAGACCUGACCUCCUCCCAAGGACCCCACCUGUAGAGGAGGGCUCCUUGGAGCUUGCAGAGACAAAUCUUUCCGACCUGUCACUAGGCAGCACAGGGCUCGCCGCCUCCUCACCCCCACUCAGGUCGGUCGGGGUGGAGGUGCACAAAUCUGCAGGCAUGGAGCAAGACCACAUCGGCUCAGACAGCACUGGGGCAGAGGCGCUGGACGAGCAGACGGAGAAUGCAGACGCUAUUUCGCUGAAGGACAUCAUCCCAGAGACCAACAUAUGUUUUUAAAAACCUGCGUAGGAGUGAGGGAUGGAGGGUAAAAACAAGAGAGAGAGAGAG